GAGGAGAGCACUAGCUAAUCUCCGUAGCAGAUACAUACCGGCCGGCGAGAUGGAUUGCCCUCUGGAGCGAGCUUCCGUGGCGACCGUCAUCGCCUUUCUGCUCCUCCUAGCUUGCCACGGUCCAGCUGGAGUCAUUGCCGGCGGCGAGCCUCCGUACUCCUCGGCGGCGGAGACGAAGAAGCACGCUGAGAUGCACGCCCGCAAGAUGCUCAUCAACGCGACAACCGGAGGGCACCCGCGCGGCGUUGCUGCUGCCGCCGCCGCGGCGUACGCGAAGGCGGCGGAGCGGACGACGGCGGCGCUGGACGAGGACGACGACUGCUCGGAGGGGGUCGUGCAGGUGUCCCAGGUCAACGCCGGCCCGCUGCCGAACGGCAUCCCCACCUACAGCGUGGCCAUCACCAACACGUGCCUGGACUGCACGGUGCGCGACGUCCACGUCUCCUGCGGCGAGUUCGCCUCCACGGUACUCGUCGACCCCAGAAGCUUCCGGCGCCUAGCGUACGGGGACUGCCUCGUCGGGGAUGGCGGGCCCAUAGGCCCCGGCGAGACCGUCUGCUUCGAGUACUCCAACUCCUUUAUCUACAGCAUGGACGUCGCCUCGGUCUCGUGCGGUGAUAUUUAGGUUUUGUAGUGUGGGGGUGUAAGUCUUGCCAACAUAAUAUUUCCUGCCUUACUGGUUGGCAAAUAAAAGGAUCAGUGUAGUCUACUAGCUCAUUUCAGUAAUGCUUUUGGUUUCUUGGGAACU